AUGGGUUCCAUGUGCUGUACACCGAAAGAUAUAACAUUUGCUAUACCGGAUGAACAACAUGAUCAAAAAAGUAUUGAAAAAGUUGAUUUUUUCUUAAAAAAAUAUAAUGAUGAUAAACAACAACAACAAUCCGUACGAUCAACAAAGACGAUUCUGUUGAAUAAAUGCGAACGACAAAAUGAUCAACAACAACAACAACAGAAUAUCGACAACAACAACAACAAAAAAAUCGAUAUUCAACAACAAACUAAAGCAAAAAGUAAAAUAAAAUUAUGGACAAAUAUGAAUAAAAGACCACCAAAAGAAUCAUCAAAUUCAGCAGCCGUUACAAAUUCUGCUGCUGAUUCUUUUUCACGAAUCAUUAGAUCGAAAAAAAUUGCAACAAAAUCAAAGGAUUCUAUGUUGAUAAUAGGAAAACAACAACAACAACAACAAAAAGCAAUGACAAGUAUACUAUCAUCAUCAUCAUAUUCAACAGUAUCAAAAAGUAGUAAUGAUAGUAAUGAUGUUGUUGAAAAUAGUAAUAGUUUUGCUAUUGUUAAGGGA